AUGACUCCCUCACUACAAGACGCCAAAAUCACCUUCCUGGGCGGCGGCAACAUGGCCGCCGCCAUCAUCGGCGGUCUCCUCGCCAAAAACAUCCCCAAGUCCAACAUCUACGUCUCCGAGCCCUGGGACGUGAACCGUAACAAGAUGGCCGACCUAGGCGUCAAGACCACCGCCGAUAACAAAGAAGCCGCCGCCGACGCUGAUGUCGUCAUCCUCGCUGUGAAGCCGCAGGUCGCAAAGGGUGUCUGCGAGGAGCUGAGCUCUGCGUGGGCCAAGAGGGAUAGUCUGCCUGUUGUUAUCUCUAUCGCGGCGGGUAUUACGCUGGAGAGCAUUGCGCAGUGGUUCAAGGGUGAGGCGGGUGAGGCGCCGCAUAUUGUGCGUGUUAUGCCGAACACACCUGCGCUUGUGGGCGAGGGUGCGAGUGGGCUUUAUGCGGCGGGGGAUGUUACCAAGGAGGAGAGGGAGUUGACGUCUGCGCUUUUGGGGAGUGUGAGCAAGGCUGCUGAGUGGGUUGAUAAGGAGGAGCUUCUUGACGUCGUCACUGGUAUCUCUGGCUCUGGACCCGCCUACUUCUUCGCUUUCGUUGAGCAUCUGAUCUCCAGCGGUGUCGGCCUUGGUCUCUCUGAAGAGCAGGCCACUCGUCUUGCCACACAGACCUGCCUGGGUGCCGGAAAGAUGCUUGUUGAGUCCUCUGAUGAGCCCGCUCAGCUGCGAAAGAACGUCACCAGCCCCAACGGCACUACCCAUGCUGCCCUUGUCAGCUUCGAGAACUCUGGCCUCAAGGAGAUUGUGGAUAAGGCUGUCAAGGCUGCUGCCGACCGUGCUAAGGAGCUUGGAAAGAACUAG